GGCUCACUUUACACAACGCUGCAACUCGACGACUGAAGACAACAACAACGAGGUUUGACAGCUACGGCUAGCAUCAUGAUAGUAGGCGAAUUCCGAACUAAUUUCAGCGUCGUCGACCAAGAAAACAAGAUUUUGCAUAGACAAUCAUACAACGUCACUUAUUUAGUUCGUUUCUGGAAAAAAAUAAGGGUAGUUAAGUUAUAUGGUACGACAGAGCACUGAGCCCGCUACAUAAUACGUCAGCAAGUUCAUUGUUGUUAGCUUGUCACAUAGCUUGGGUUUCUUAACGGUGUAACAGACUUGCCAUGAGACGUCAUCAACGCAGACUUUUAAAUUGGAACAUUUUAUUUCGGAAACAAAAAAACAAGAAAUAAUCGAUCCAACUUGGGAAAACCAUUUCGCUUGAUGAACAUUGUGCAACACAUCUCUUCAGUUACACUGGAAGUCAUGGACGAGGUCACGGGUUGUGAAGGAUGCAAAGUAGACCAAAUGAUUGAAACAGAAAAUGACAACCACUCAGAUCCUUCACACACCAAUACAUGUACCUUUAAAGUUGUCCCCAACAUGACAAGACCAAAUAAACUACCAGGUGGGCGGGUCCGCUUGUACUCGGAAUCUCAGGUUUGCUCUCAGAUCGGCAGAGGGGACGACACAGAGUUUCAGGAAGACUCGUCACAUGACAGCGACGGAGCUCCGUUCAGAGGCCGAUCGCAGUCGGCCCCCGCUGCAUUAUGGGCCGCAAAGAAAUAUGGCCGCCAGUUAAGGAGGAUGAGUGAUGAAUUUGACACAUGGCUCGAUCGAGGGGAGGGGAAGAGAGGAGUCUGCCGUGGUGCAGCCCAGCAGACGGCUAGGGGCUGGUUCUCCUUCCUCUGGACUCCAAAGGAGGUGGAGGGCCGGGAGUGAGACACCAAUCAGCAACAACGUGUGACUCACAGGAAGUAGAUUUAACAUCUCUUGCCUGAGAAACAGGAAGUCGCUCAGGAGAAUCGUUUGUGGUGCCUGGAAACCACAACUGACUUUAGGGGUCAUUGUAGAAAUCCAAUCAAAUGUGACCCUUUGAACAAUCAUCUGUACAAUGUACAAAUAUCCAAGCUUUCCUUAAAAAUAUUGCAAUAAGUUGUGUGAAUUUUUUUAACGUGACAAUCUCUUGUGCCAAUUUUAAAUGGUCUGUGUAACAAAAAAAGUUUAAUAUAUCUACAUUACGAUAUUAUAUUGUUCCAAGUUUUAAAGAAUUAAGAAUUCUCAGAUAUAGAUUAAUGCCACCAAUGGUUUGAACUUCACAAAAAUGUACAUUUAACUACCUAUGAAACUACAGGGGUGGAAUAUGGUUUGCGAUGACAAUAAAAAAAAUACGGGUAUUUUAUGUUAAAGUAUAUAUAUUUCAAUGGUUGACUUAUAAACUACAAUGAAGUAAAACAAUCCAUGCCAGCUAAUGAAAUGUUAACCUGUGCUAGACCCCGAAAAAGUAUAAAUAUUAUAUUAUACAUAUUUAUUGUGAUGUCUUAAAUUGAAUAACUGUACAAA